GUGUAUAUGAGAACCUCCAUAGCGAUCGCAGCGACACAUCUCAUUGCAAUCUCAAGAUAAAUUGUUCUUGUGCUGUGUGACUUCUCUUGAGUUUUUCAAGUAUUUCCCCGAGUUUUCUUUGCAUUUUCCACCCCAGUGAUUGUACAAAGAGGAAAUUAAAGUGAAAUGGCACCAAUUAAUGGAACGUUCGACUACGAUCUGGUGGUGAUUGGAGGAGGAUCAGGAGGUUUGGCAUGUGCCAAGGAAGCCGUUGGAUUGGGUGCUAAAGUUGCUGUGUUGGAUUUCGUCACGCCAUCACCGCGUGGCACGAAAUGGGGCCUUGGUGGGACGUGCGUGAAUGUUGGUUGCAUCCCGAAGAAGCUAAUGCAUCAGGCAUCCCUUCUCGGGGAAGGAAUUCACGAUGCUCAAGCCUACGGGUGGACAGUUAACCCUGAAGAGGUGGCCAUCAAAUGGUCAGCUGUUACGGAAGCCGUGCAGAAUCACAUUAAAUCCGUGAAUUGGGUCACAAGAGUGGAUCUCCGUGACAAGAAAGUGGAGUAUGUGAAUGGAUUGGGAUACUUCAAGGAUCCUCAUAAUGUUGUUGCUGUGAUGAAGAAUGGCACAGAGAGGGUGCUCAAUGCUAAACAUAUCGUGAUUGCUGUGGGCGGACGUCCACGCUAUCCAGACAUUCCGGGUGCCAUUGAGUACGGCAUCACAAGCGAUGACAUCUUCAGUAUGCCCACGCCCCCAGGAAAGACCCUCGUCGUUGGAGCUGGCUACAUUGGCUUGGAAUGCGCUGGUUUCCUGAAGGGCUUUGGGUACGAUGCCACCGUGAUGGUACGCUCAAUUGUUCUGCGUGGAUUUGAUCAGCAAAUGGCGGAUAUUGUGUCGAGUGCAAUGAUCGAGAAGGGCAUUAAUUUCCUCUUCAAAACCAUCCCGACGUCCGUCGAGAAGACAAGCGAUGGGCGCUACCUUGUGAAGUAUCGCAGCAAUGAGGGAGCCGAAGGGAGUGAUGUGUACGACACUGUGCUCUUUGCCAUUGGCCGUACAGCUCUGACGGAUGAUCUACGCUUGGAGAAUGCGGGAGUUAAAGUGAAUGAGGAGAACAAGAAGAUCCCGGUGAAUGAGCGCGAAGAGACGAAUGUUGAUGGAAUCUACGCGGUGGGGGAUGUUAUUGAUGGAAGACCUGAGCUGACACCUGUGGCCAUUCUUGCUGGACGUCUCCUGGCACGCAGAGUCAUUGGCAAUGGGCAGGAUUUGAUGGAUUACAGGGAUGUGGCAACAACAGUAUUCACCCCACUUGAGUACGGAUGUGUUGGGAUGAGUGAGGAGGCGGCUGUGAAGGAGUUUGGAGAGGAAAAUGUGGAAGUUUUUCAUGCUUACUACAAACCAACGGAGUUCUUUGUACCGCAAAAGAGUGUCCGGUAUUGCUACCUCAAGAGCGUCGCCCUGCGUGAGGGGGAUCAAAAGGUUCUGGGGUUGCACUAUGUGGGUCCCGUUGCAGGAGAAGUUAUUCAGGGAUUUGCAGCUGCUGUCAAAUGCGGUCUCACGAUGAAGAUAUUGAUGAAUACUGUUGGUAUUCAUCCGACAACUGCAGAAGAAUUCACACGGCUCAACAUUACAAAACGCUCAGGGGUUGAUCCAACACCAGCAUCGUGUUGCAGUUAAAUUGCCCCCCACGCCUCAUGCUGUAGGGGAGAUGAGGGCCAAUGAAGCGCGAAUUUACUCACAUGAAAUCACACGCCAGAAGUGGCAAAGUUUCUUUGUUUUAAUUGUCAAAAUCAUCGCCCAGAGUGAGCAGCAAAACAAAAUCUUCUAAAUGUGUCUCAUCAUUGUUAAUUGGAAGGCUUCUUGAUAGAAUUUCUUCAAUUUUUUUAUAAAUAGAAUUUUAGGAAGAAGGAAAUACAAAAUACACGUGUUGAUUUUGUGAUGUGUUAGUACACCGAAGAAA